AUGGGACUUUCGACGGAUUGGGUUGCAGCAGUCGUUGUUUCCAUCGCAACCACCGCUUAUAUGGCCUUCGUUGAUAUACAUAUCGUCCAACGCCGAGACACGAUCGUCCAAUGCGGCCGCCAGGCUCAGCGCAAGCUUCACGUACCAAAAUGCAUACACAUCUUCUCCGAAACGGACCCGGGAAUUCUGAAGAAAAAUCUAGAAGGGACGGCCCUAUGCCUAGGCUUCGCAUGCGUGUUUAAUCUUUUCGGCAUGGCGGCGGCUUUCAUCCUAGGCACGCUGUGGGACCCCUUGGCGUUCGGCUUGGGGAUCGUCUUCCCGGACUGCAUCGUCCUUGCCGUGUGGCUGGGGCUCGUGCUGGCUAGACGGAAGAUGGAUAGGGGCAACUUCAAGGACGAUAGGGAGGAUCUCGAAUCGAAAGGCGUACCCGCGCCCGUUGUCGAAGGUUGGAGCCCUGCAAGGUCCGGAACCACCACACCUAAAUCCACCUGGCGUACACCCACCACACCACACCACACCACACCAGGUCUCUCUACGUCCGUGCACGUUUUUACACCCACCGCACCAUGAGGCUCGAAAUAGGUGUGGUGGGUGUGGUGGGUAUGUUAAGUAUGGAGUAGUACGUUGAGUUUAGGCCAUGCAUAGCCACGAUGUUA